AUGUUUUUUUUAGGAGAUCUCUAUUUAAAUGGAAAACCUGGGGUGGUGGAAAAGAAUGAAGAACUUGGCUAUAAAUAUUUAGAACUAGCAGCAAGUCAUAAUAACGAAAAGGCGAUUAGCUUGUUAGAAACUUCUAUCAGUUGUAAAGUUUUAUCAGUUGCAAAACCAGAAACAUUCCAAGACUCAAGAAACUUUCGAAAUGACGCUCGAACGUACCACGAUCGUUACUCAAAAGGACCGUUGAGAAUCAGUGCACCAGGACCCAUAAAAUCGAAUGACGCUCCCCGUGAAAAAU